AUGAAAGUUCUAUAAGUUCAGUAGCUUUGUGGAGAGUUUUCUCUGCCUGAUUCAGAUAGAGGAAGAUCAUCACGUUAUAGAAUAAAGUUAAUAUGUGGAACCUGAACAUUAAUAGUAACUUUCCCAGUUUGAGUAUGGUCUGGUCUUUAAGUUCACUUGGAAAUCCUCUAUAAGGUAAUGGUCAUGGUGGGAAACAAGAUUAACCCAUCAGGAUCACGUUAUGAUCUAUAAUUACACGAUUAGUUACACGCCGACUCCGUGUUCUUCAUGCUCAGGUGAUUUGUGGGAUUUAGGAGAAUUUGUUUCACUUUUCCUGUCUCCAGAUUUUGAGUUAGUUUUAAGAACACGGUUUCGUCCCUACACGCACCUCAGACAAGUUUUUUCACUUUAUUCGGUCUCGUUUAUUCUAAUUCUGUGACGUGUCCAACUGUAACCUUGACAUCACAGCGCAGACAGCAAUAAAAUGUUCUGCUCAGCUGAAGUGGUCUUUAGUUUCUACAGACAGAUCACAGAGAGAUUUGUUUCUGCACGAUAGAACGAUUUUCAAAAAUGAGGAGGAAUCACAAAGAGACACCUCAGCAUCAAGCUAUGCUGGGAUUAAGGAGUAGUAAAAUGGACAGAACAAGAGAAGAAGUAGCGAUGACGUUCGCUCCAGAAUCGAGUAACAGGCCUACAAAUCAAGAUUUCUGCCAGGAAACUGCACGACCUGCGGAAGUUCUGGCACAUGGGAAAAAUAGUAUGCACUCUAUGGCAAAGCAGAACAUCCACGUAGUUAGCAUUAACAAAUCCAGAAAUAAAUUAGUCGACUCCGUAAAGAUUUUAGAAGGUGAACGAGCAGGUGCUGGACCUGCAGCAAAGAGCCAUGGGAAACCAAAACUUCUUCCCAGAAUGCCCAGAAUGGAUCCAAUUGUUCAUCCCCCAUUCAGAGCACUGAUGCGCAAGGAAAAGUUAAGCGAAACAUAUGGCAAUCCUCAGGCACAUGGGGAAAAUAGCAUGUGCACUACGGCAAAGAAGAAUAUCCGCUUACGUGUUGCUAACACACCCAGAAAGAAAUCAGUCGAACCCAGAAAGACCAUAGAAGUAUUUGGACAAGCAGGUGCUGGACCUGCAGCAAAGAGCCCUGGGAAACCAAAACUUCUUCUUAGAAAGCCCAGAAUGGAUCCGAUUGGUCAUCCCUCAUUCAGAGCACUGAUGCGCAGGGAAAAGUUAAGCAAAACAUCCGGCAAUCCUCAGGUACUUACAGGUACUACAGAGGUAAAGAGUAAGUAUCUUGAGCCUACAAUUGAGGUAGAACCUCAAUUAAGAACUAACAUUACUGAUGCUGUCCUGGAUUGCAUAACCUCUGGAUCGUUCAAGAAUCAGCUCACUCUGCGCAUUGUGGGUGAAAUUGAUGAUAUACUAGCAAAAGCUGUGUCCCAGGUUCACAAGCAACAGCAUCCCGUGAGAUUCAGUGCAGCAGGGGAUAAGAUAAACAACAUCUCCCGGGAACAACAAUCAAGCAACAAUGUUUUCAUGCCUGGCUUCAGUGAUGGUGUGGCAUCUAUGAUUGGUUGUGCACUGAUAGAACUUAGAGAAGAUGUGAAAAAAACUUUUACAAGCCAGUCACACGAAUUUCAGACAGCCUCACCAACGGCAUGCGAUUCUACAGCAGAAAUAGUGGAGAGUCUCUUUGAAAGUAUGCUUGAUUCCUUGAUUCCUCAACUGAAACCAGAUGUUAGCACUGAAAAGGAUCCUAGCACGAUUGAUUCUCUUUAUAGCUAUGAGUUUGAUACAGUGUCUGAUAGUAUCCUUCCCAGCACUGACUCAGAUGUCAACCAGAGUCCAGUCCAUGAGCCAAGAGGAGGUGCUAAUGAAGAGUCUAGCAUCACAGCUCAGGACAUUGAGACAUUAGACAUUGUGAAAGAGAGAGCUGACUCCCCAAGAAGAUCUACCAAAGUCCCAUUCUCCACAGUAUUUGACCAGUCUUCUGGACCUGAAGUUAAGGCCAAAGAUGAGGUUGAGGGCAUCUUGGCUGCUUCUGGAAGCAUGAGCCCCCUUGAUGACCCUCUGACUUCAAGAGUCAAAUCUGACUCCUAUUUGGAUGCAAGCGUUCUUGAGGUCACUGCUACUUCUUCAACAGAAAAUGUUGACCACAUGUCAAGAUCUGAUGAAGUAGCAGAAGAAGGACUUGUGGCUAAAUCAGAUGUUGAGCUUGAACAAAUCAUGGCUGCUCCUUCUGAGGAAAACACUCCUUCUGACAUUACUUCCCAAAGCCUUCACCAGGAAUGUGCUAGCCCUGUCCCUUCACCACCUUCUAGUGAUAAGCCAACCUCCCCAAGAGGAUCUGCCAGGAGAAGGGCAUGUCCUGUAAAAGUCAGCUCUUUGCCAAACAUAUUCUCUGAUAAAGGAGAUGGCAUCUUUGACCAGUCUCACCAAAAGUUAGAGAGUGGUGACAAGCGUAGACUUUCUCUGACUGGCAUGGAAAUGGGUUCUUCUGGAAGCAGAAGCGGCCUUGAUGGGCCUCUGAGUUCAUCUGAAGCAUCUGAUGUUGAAGAAGCUGCAGCAAAAUCAGCUGCCUCCCCAAGAAGAUUGUUGUGGGAAAUAAUCUUUCCAGCUUAACAAAAAACUUCAGAG